AUGGAGGCCAGUCGGUAUUGUUGUGGUAGAUAUUACGUGAUCGAGUCAUCAGCUGAUUCUCUCUGCUUUGUGGAUCCAUAAUAAACCGGCAGCCAACCAGUUACCACACAGUCUGGUGCACAACAGUGGGGUUGUAGACCGUCCGGAGAUAAGAACUUUAUUUGUGCUAUACAGAAACGGUGCUUUUGCGUCGUUAAGGUGACAUCGCCAUGGCUACACCUUCAUCCCCGUCCCCCCCCCAGGUAGGAGUUGGGAAGCUGCGUCUGGGUCCGUUGAGGAGGAGCCUGUUCGGCCCAGUCGACCACCUGCAGCUGCAGCAGGACUUCCACAGGCUGCUCAGCCUCAGCCUGGAACAGGCCAAACAGCGCUGGAGCUACGAUUUCCAUAGUGACCAGCCACGGGCAGGCGCCGACGUGGAGUGGGAGGAACUUAGCUGCCAGGACGUCCCAGCUUUCUACCGCAGCUGCCUGGUGAAGAGAGGCGGUGGAGCUAGAAGAGAGGGCGUGGCCAAGGAAGGAGAGGGCGGAGCCAAGGGAGAAGAGGGCAUGGCCAUGGCUGCAGUGGGUGGGGCCAGGAAGAUGAUGGACAGGCUGGUCAGAGAGGAUUCUCCAGCCUCGACCAGCUCGGGGGAGGAGUACCUGGAGGUGACCACCAGGGGGAGCUACAGGCUGCAGAGGCCAGAGAGGAGAACGGCCGGGCUGAAUAAACGGCACCAGGCGUCCAUUACAGACUUCUUCUCUAUAAAGAAGAGGAAGUUCCUAUAUCCCAAGCGUCCAGCCAGCCAGUAACAGUCUUUUCUGGGGUGCCCCCUGGUGGAGACACCAGCUCAGAAAUAAUUCUCACAGAUGAAGCACCUGACUGUCCUGACAGCUGAAGAAAUUAUACAUGUUCUGAGUUUAUAUUGUUUUUCUACACGAUUAAUGACACUGUGAAAUACAUUGCCCUCCCCGGUCCUGCUGGUCCAGGCUGGGGUCAGCCAUUAGGGUCCCCGGGGGUUAGUCUGGGUCAAAGGCUGAAACCUCCUCCCCCUGGCAGUCUAACGGAUGCAGAUGAACCGUGUCUUAGUCAAUCAGGUAUGUAACAUUAAUAGCAAACUAAGUAUUACAGAGGUCAUUUUAAAUUAAUAAAAAUCUCAUUCUCCAUUCAUUCUCUAUGAAAAAAAACAAAUGUUAACUGCUAUCCUGUGAUGAUGGCAAGAAGGUUGUGUGAUCUAGAAAAGAGAGUUGGUAUUCUUUGAACUCAGUACUUUGCUCAUGCAGCAGCAACAAGCAGCAGGGUUUUUAACACCUUGACAAAGGCUUGACCUAAUUAACCUAAUAGUGCUGCCAAGUUUUUCUAAUACUAUUUAAAUUGGAUUAUGUUUUAAAGAUGUAUGCAGAACAUAAAUUCACAAAAUUUCACAUAUUGUGUUGGAAGGAAAUCAUUACAAAUGCCCAUUUGGUUAAACUGUGCACUACAGUAGAAUCUGAUUAUUUCAAACGGUAUUGGGCGAGGGUCACGUGUGGGCGGUCCCUCAGUGAGCCCAGCCUACACUAAUUGGUUGAACCCCAAACUGAUGGUUAGUUACAUUUGGUAACUUAUGGCCUUGUAGCAUCAGGGAGCUGUUGCCAUGGUGUUGUUGUCAUGGUGACACCAUCAGUCUGGGCCCUCCACACUUUCCUCUCAGUGUUCAAAUCCUCUAAUGCAUGGACAUCAUGUAUACAUUUUGUAAUAAUACAUAAUAAUGGUUAUGCUUUAUUGAUAUCACUCUGGUAUGAUUGUACAGGGAACAAUGCCAAUUUUUUUAUUUUUUGUAGAUUCAAACUAUCACUAGUGUUUGAUGCACUGGCAAGCUUUUUGGAAGAAAAAGAAAUUCCCUACAGUGUUUCAAUACAUUUUCAUUGUUAAUAAAUGAUAACAGUACUGCAGA